AUGGAGACUCUGUUGGCCCAUUCGUUUGACUACCUUUCCUCAUACGAGCCCAGCAAGGUACGGAAAGGAUUGCGCCAGGUCGAGGGCCUCCUCGCCCAGAUCUGUCUUGCUAAAGCCCGGCCUCCAUCCGCCGACCGCCGCAGGUCGCUGUUGUCCUUUGAUGCGCCACAGCCCGUGCCCAAGGCACUGUCGGAAUUGCGCGAUGACCCAGCCUUCCGUGAAUUCUUUAAGCUGCAAGAGGGCUUCCAAUGGAAUGUCGCGAUGCGCCUAGUGUCGUGCCUCGAGCAUUUGCUCGGCCGAGGCAGUAACGGCACAAACGACAUGUUGAUUGUCUGUACCCUCGAUCUGAUCCAGGGCGCCCUUCUUCUCCACCCACCGUCGCGGACGCUGUUCGCCCGCGAGAUCUACAUGAACCUUCUCCUCGACCUGCUGGACCCGAUCAACUGCCCGGCCAUCCAAUCGGCAACCCUGCUCACUCUCGUCACGGCUCUGGUCGACUGUCCCGCAAACACGCGCACAUUUGAAGACCUCGACGGCCUGCUCACUGUGACAUCCUUGUUCAAGCAGCGAGCCACCUCCCGCGAGGUCAAGCUCAAGCUCGUCGAGUUCCUCUACUUCUAUCUCAUGCCCGAGACCCCCAUUCUGGGACCUGGGGGCUGCCCGCCGGGUUUGCAGCGCAGCCCUAGUAAGUUGGCUUCGGGUCCAUUUUCGCGGAGUGCCCACAGCUCGGCUGCCGGACAUGGCAGCAAGAUGCUUCGCGACACGCGCACAACAGACGAGAAACAGUCCCUGCUGGGCCGAUACUUGAACAAUGUCGAGGACCUGGUGGAGGACCUGAAAGAGACCGCCCCAUUUGGAGCCACGGUAUACUGA